AUGCAGCUCCGCCGGCCUCCCGCAGAGGCACCAGCACCGGCUCCGACCCGCCGCGCCGCUGCAGCAGCUCUUACCGCCCGGAACAGCAAAACCCGCACAAACACAACCGCAACCCGCACAGCAGCACCAGCCACGCCGCAGCAGCAGACGCGCCGCAGCAGCAGACGCGCCGCAGCAGCAGACGCGCCGCAGCAGCAGCACCUCGACACCCCCACGCGGAGGCUCUACAGCCCCUUUUCGACGCAGUUUGAAGAAGCGAAGCAGGUGGUUCCGCGCGCACCCCUCAUUGUAGAAGAAGCUGGCUGGAAAGAAGCCCAGAACUGCUCAGUGCCAGUGGCUCGGGAGGCGAACUGGAAAACCACUUGUCGCCGCCGCGGGGAGAUUAAAACCCUUUCGAAGCUUAAAUACAUGCAAAAUUAA